CCCUAACUCCCUAAUUCAACUAUAUAUGAAACCUUUUCCCCCAUCAAUCCUCUCUCUCUCAAAAUAAUCAAGAAAACGAGAAUUUCACCAAAAUCAGAAGAGAAGAAGAAAAAUCACAUCAAAGGAAACUUGAACACACACCAUGGCAGCAGAAGAGCCCUCAAACUCAUCACCACAAAGCAUGAAAAUCACAGUCCAAAGCAACCCGUCUGCAUCACAGCUCUCUGAACUGGGCAUCAAAUCUUGGCCCAAGUGGGGUUGCUCUCCCGGGAAAUACCAGCUGAAAUUCGAGGCACAAGAAACGUGCUAUUUAGUGCGGGGGAAAGUGAAGGUGUAUCCCAAAAACAGAGAUGGGGAAGAAGAGGCAGUGGAAUUCGGAGCAGGAGAUCUCGUUGUGAUUCCAAAGGGGCUCAGCUGCACUUGGGAUGUGUCCAUCGCCGUUGAUAAGCACUACAAGUUCGAUGCUUCUGCUUCCUCUUCCUCUUCCUCUUCAUCUUAGCUGAUUAAUUAAGAAUUUAGAGGUAUGUUUAUUCAACAGUUGAUUCGUGUUUUGUUUUGUUUGUGGAGGAAGGAAGUGGGGUGUGAAUGUGAUGUAA